AUGCCACGACCACCAACCGUCAUAUGUUACAUUUGUCACAGAGAAUAUGGCACAGCUUCAAUUGGCAUUCACGAGAAAACAUGUCUUAAGAAAUGGCAUGAAAAUAAUGAUAAGCUCCCACCAUCAAAACGCCAACCGGAACCAGUUAGACCCCAAGUUUUCCCAUCUGAAUCGUCUGGUUUUCAACAACCAACUGGAACCUCAGGUCAGGAAAUCGACUAUGAUGCAUAUAACGCCGCAGCAUUGAAAACUUCCACUCUGCCGUGCCCUAAAUGUGGCCGCCAUUUUGAAACCAGCAAAUUACCUAUGCACCAGGCCCAUUGCAAACCACCCCCUAGACCGUCUCGAUUUCAUGACUACGAGGCUCGUAAACCUGAUGUCGAUUUGGAACUACUCCACACACCACUGCAUGGGAAAUCUGUACAGUCCACUUCCUCAUUUCGAGAUCAUAAUGCAGGAUUUGUUCCUUGCAGAAUUUGUGGUCGGACAUUUGCACCAGAUCGAAUAGAACGCCACCAAGAAAACUGUAAAGCAACUCCACUAAAGAUGCCUUCUAAAGGAGCUGAUUCUAAAACCCGCCAACGCACCCCACCUGCAAUCAAGAUGAAUAGCGAUAUCGCACAUAAGUUAUCCACAGCCUGUACAAAAUGCGGAAAAAUUCUAUCCCCAGGAGCGAAAUUCUGUGCUCAAUGCGGACAACCCGUUUAA